CGCUGUGCAUUGUACUGGGUUGCAAGGGACUGAAGGGAAGGUGACUGCUGUGAAUAAAGGAAGUGUUGGUGGUGUUGUGUGGUUCUUCUGAGAGUUCUAUCACCAUCAGUGAAGGUGAUAGAGACUGCACAGCUGUGUAUCGUUGAGGUGAAUAAGGUUGGUGUAAGGAUCUCAGGUGUACUGAGAAUUAGUCUUUGGUGGAUCUUGGGUUAAAUAGAUUCUGGCCAGUGAGGUGGAGGUUGAUUCGAUUACAAAGAGAAAAUUUUCUCUUUGUUCUCAGUUCUCAUUUUUUACUGUUGUUGCGCAACUGUGAUUUACCGUACGGUCUGAACUGGAACAAAGAGUAAGUUCGGUUCAUUGUUGCUAUUUGAGUCGGUGAUUCGAUUGUUUGGAAUCGUUGUUUGGAAGUUGGCCUCGAUUUUUUUUGCAUUUUUUACGCUUGUGCUUGGAAGCUCAGUUUGGAAGGUCCUCAUUGGCCAAUACUUUCGAUCCUAUCUGAAGCCAUUAUUUCCUGUUCCAUGGGCUAUGUCAGGAGGAUUCAAGUCCAAGUAUUUUUUACUGCUGGGGGUGAGAAAACACAGUCGGGCACUGCGUCAGUUAAUGUGGCAGCCUCGGAGGUGCAAGCUACGGUUAGUCAACCGAAUGCAGACAAGGCGUCUGAAAGUGGAGGACAGGGUGGUAAGGAAAAGGGAGACUCGAGAGGCAGCAAUGAGUCGCCGCCUGUGGAUAAUGCAUCUGGCAGUCAGGAGGAUGGAAGCACGUUGGACGCGAGGGAGAGUACGCGAGGCCGAGGUGAGCAUCCGGGUCAGGGAAUGCGGCGCAGGGGCGCCUACCAUGUUGAUGGGUCUCGUGGCGGAUACGGUCGUGGAGGCUCCGCUGGUGCUGGAUCGAAUGAUUUUCGAAAUCACCAAGGAAGAGUCGGUGGUUUUCAAGGGAAUAAUUUUCGGGGAAGAGGCUCAGGAUUUCGAGGUCAUCAUCAGCAGCGGGGGAAGCCGUAUGAUCGUCCGGCUGGUAGAGGGAUGCGCGGACGAGGUAGAGGGGAGCAUUGGACGACGCAUAACUACAAUCCACGCAGAGGCGAGUCUGAUGGUUUCUCAAGAGGUGAUCGUUCGGGAGGAUAUCAUGAGCGGCGAAACAAUGUGCAUGAAUUUUCUCCUCAGGCUCUCGGCGAGGCUGUACUGCGGUUGGCCAGGGAAAUCCAGGGGGGAAGGAGGUCAGGUGCAGACGGUGAGCAGCCGGUUGGACCAUGGCAGGAGACGUUUGAGCCUAACCAUCGGGGACGUGGCCGUAGUCCGGUGUCGGACAAUCCUUUUGAGAGGACGGUACAGCAAAAUGUUUCAGAAAGCAAUGCUCAGGCAGGUCGCCGUCAGGCGGAAUGGCGAUCCUUCUUUGCGUUUCAGUUUGGCAUUGAUUCAACGAUGUCGAUGACUGUCCUUCCUGUACCACUUGUGAGUCUGGAUGAUUUUCUGGGAUCCAAGUAUUACAUUGUUGGACGGGGGUCGAAGAACACGGUCAAAUCCUAUGUGGCUUCGGAGGAUGGCAAGAUCAGGAUUCCUCUGAUUCAGCGGGACAAGUUGUAUCUGUUGACAACCAGAGGUCCGAUGCAUGAUUCUGUGGCAGGUGAUGUGCCAAUCUUUUGUGUUUCAGCGGAGGCUGGAACAGUCUGUUUGACUAAAGCACAUGUCACUCCUGGACCUUCUUUCGAUGGGAAGUCAACACAGAGUCUAUCUGAUGCGGUUCUGUGGCACAUGAAAACGGGGCACCCUGAUUGUCGAGUACAAAAGUUGCUU